GCCCAAACUAGAAACAUUUAACAAACGCGUAUAGUUAACAUUUUACAGAAUCCAAAUUUCACACAUUAGCUUACGGUUCUGUCUGGGAUCCUGGAGUUUCCAGAUCUACUCCCACCCGCCAAAUCCGAAAUCCUGAUUUAUCUGCCUUUUGCUUUGUUUGUUCAAUUGAGGUUCGCGUUCAAUUGUCAAUUAUGAUAUUAGAGAAAUGUUUAGGAGCUCAAAGAACGCGAAGGAUCCAUAGCGCUCUCCGCCAUGGCAAGGUCACAAUCCUGUGUCUCGUCCUCACUGUUGUCGUCCUACGUGGCACAGUCGGAGCCGGCAAGUUUGGAACUCCGGAGCAGGACUUCAUCGAGAUUCGUGAUCACUUCUACUCUCGCAAGCGAGCAGAGCCUCACCGCGUCCUUCAGGAGGUCCAGUCAACGCCGGCCGAUCCUAACAACUACAAUGCCUUCGAUAUCAACAAGAUCUUGGUCGACGAAGGAGAGGAAGACAGACCCGACCCCAAUAAGCCCUACACUCUUGGACCCAAGAUUUCAAAUUGGGACGAGCAGAGAUCGAAAUGGCUUAAGGAAAACACUAAUUUCCCAAAUUUCAUCGGACCCAAUAAGCCUAGAGUGCUUCUGGUGACUGGGUCGUCGCCAAAACCCUGUGAGAACCCGGUAGGUGACCAUUACUUGUUGAAGUCGAUUAAGAACAAAAUCGAUUAUUGUAGGUUGCAUGGGAUUGAGGUUUUUUACAAUAUGGCCCUUUUGGAUGCUGAAAUGGCUGGUUUUUGGGCCAAGCUUCCGUUGAUUCGGAAGCUCCUUUUGUCUCACCCGGAGGUUGAGUUUCUAUGGUGGAUGGAUAGUGAUGCCAUGUUUACAGAUAUGGCUUUUGAAGUACCCUGGGAGAGGUACAAAGAUUAUGACUUUGUAAUGCAUGGAUGGAAUGAGAUGGUUUAUGAUCAAAAGAAUUGGAUUGGGCUCAAUACCGGGAGCUUCUUGUUAAGGAAUACCCAGUGGUCGUUAGAUAUGCUUGAUACUUGGGCUCCUAUGGGACCUAAAGGGAAAAUUAGGGAUGAGGCUGGGAAGAUACUCACUAGGGAGCUCAAGGGUAGGCCGGUAUUCGAAGCUGAUGAUCAGUCAGCCAUGGUUUAUAUAUUGGCCACUCAAAGAGAGAAGUGGGGUGAUAAGGUUUAUCUGGAGAAUGCAUAUUAUUUGCAUGGUUAUUGGGGGAUUUUGGUUGAUAGAUAUGAGGAAAUGAUUGAGAAUUAUCAUCCUGGUUUGGGCGACCACAGGUGGCCGCUAGUGACACAUUUUGUUGGUUGCAAGCCAUGUGGAAAGUUUGGAGAUUACCCAGUUGAGAGAUGCUUGAAGCAGAUGGAUAGAGCUUUUAACUUCGGGGACAAUCAGGUUCUUCAAAUCUAUGGAUUCACACACAGCUCAUUGGGUAGUAGGAGGGUUAAGAGAGUUCGUAAUGAAACAAGCAAUCCACUUGAGGUUAAAGAUGAACUUGGAUUGCUUCAUCCAGAAUUUAAGGCUGUUAAGGUAUUUCCAUAGCUUACCUUAUCUCUUGUGGAAAACGCCUUUUCCUACAUUACUACGUGUAAUGUUGUUUAUCGGGGUGGAGUUCUGCUGGAAUGUGUAUGCUUCAAGUCUUUACUCAUCGGCAUUGCUUUUUUGCCUCCACUUUGUAAUACUGGUUGGUCUAUGGUCUGCCCCACCUGAAUAUCCUUAUGUGGACAACAAAGCAUUGACUGAAGACAAGGACAAAUGAUGCUGUGUUCAUGAACAACGCUUAUACAGACGAUGAUAGUCUAGCUUCUUUUUCUACUGUUGUUUUAACUUGGCACUCUACAAAAGCGUAGGGUUUUGUUUCUUUUCUUGAAAUUGUUGUUCCAUUUGUUGUGUAUCAGUUCAUUAUCGUUUGUCAUAGUGGCUAGGCCAUACAAAUAUACAAUCGGAGGAGUAUUCUUUUCCUAAAUAUACACUGAGCGAAG